GAGAAACUGAAAAUCCACAUCAAGUCUUCAUCGACAACGACCAGCCCCCGAGACAACAAUCGGAGCCCAGGGAAUAUUCAGGAGAGGGAAUGAGGCUGUGUGAUCCAUGGAUUAUCUGUGCACUGGGACUUCUCUGCAUCCCACAUCUGGGAGCUGUCCCAGAGUGUCCACUUGAGAUCAGCCCUCAGAGAGCUGUGGUGAGAUAUGGGGACCCAGUGACAGCGAACUGCACUACAACACAGACAGCCAGAGGAAUAGGCUGGGAGGCUCCAGUUGGAGCUACAGGCAUGAAAACAGGUGUCCAGUCUGUCACCUGGAAUGUCAGCAGUCUGACUGAUUGGACUGUAGAGCCUACGUGCUACGGAGACUUCAAUACUGAGCCCAGGGAGUGCAGGAAGAAUCUCAACAUCAGUCUGUACAAGUCCCCGGACAGUGUCUCUCUCAGCUCUGACGGCCCAGUGGAUCAGAUGGUGGAGGGGAGACAGUACCAGCUGCAGUGUGAGGUCCAGAACAUUGCUCCCGUUCAGUACCUCACUGUGAACUGGUACAGAGGACAGACACUGAUUCACAGUCAGACCUUUUCUCACAACACUACUAGAACACCUGUGAAUGUGUCUGUGAGACACCUGUUCACCGCUGACAGAGCUGACAAUGGACAGCAGUUCACCUGUGAGGCAGAGCUCAACCUGGGACCAGAAGGACCACAGCCCCCUCCUGCAACGAGGGCAAAACCCUUGAAGGUUACAGUGCUGUAUAGACCUGUGAUCACUUGUCCUCCCAGCGCCACUGUGAAAGAGGGUCAGAUUCUUGUGAGCAGUGACCUCUGUACAGCUGUGGGAAACCCUCCCCCUGACACCCAGUGGUUGAUAGAGGGCCAAGAGAUUGAGCCCAAUGAUCCCCUGUCCAGGAGAGAUAUUGGACAGUUCACCUUUGAGGCUGAAAACGAAUAUGGAAAAGUGACACAGAAUGUGAUCAUCACUGUGGAGUGUAAGUAA